AUGAUUGGUGCCAAAUCGGCGACUGUUUUCGACUGUGCACAUCAACGUCUUCUCCUGGACAGAACGGCCUUCCGAGCGAUUCAGCACGCCGUAGAUGAGAUCCUGCACAUUUGUCACGUCGACAUGCACAUCAAGGUGACUUUUUCUUUAGUUUUUUACAUUUAGAGGUGACAUUUUAUACGAUGGAACAUGCCUGACAAAAUUUGAAUAUAAGGGAUUGAUCGUAUUUUACCCGUUCUCAAGUUACUCUCUAAAAAAUUCCAGGUCGAAUUUUCCGAAUUCCAAUCGUCUCACGUCUCUUUCCGCCACAAAUUCCCAUCUCAUCAUGAAGCAAUUCAUUUCGUCAAAGAAGCCUUUGAUUAUGUUCACACCCACCCAGUUGGAAGUGUUCCUCUUCGUCCAGAACAUGAGAAUUUUAUUUUGAGAACAUUUGAACGCAACAUUCAUCAGAAGUGGAUUGAUUUGGGAGAAGAGGAGGAUCAUGAUGAAGAUGUUGUUAUAUUCGAAGGGUUUGUUAGACUGCCCAAGGAAGUGCAAAAAAUGAUAAUGUAAGCAAAAGACAUUGCUCCAUCGUAUUUUACAAAGAUUGUCAUGCUUUAGGGUCAUUUUAUACGAUAAAAAGUGUUUUUUUAAAGAAUUGAUCGUAUAAGACGUCACUAGUGUAAAAAAUGUCGAAGAUUCAUGAAUCGCGUCUAUGACGGGACACCGAUGAGUAGUUACACCUUAUUGCUGACGAAAAGUGACAUUUUAUACGAAAAAAUAUGUUUUUAAAAGUAUUCAUCGUAUAAGAUGUCACUUGUGUAAAAAAUGUCAAAAAUUCAAGCAUCGAAUUUUCGAUAGUCUACUUGUAAGUAGUUACACCAUUCUGCUUGCAAAAAGUUACAUUUUAUACGAUGAAAAGUGUUUUCGGAAGAUUGGACAAUUUUCUUCGUAUAAGAUGUCGCCAUACUUUAUAAUUCGUUGACAAUUUUCUUUGCAGCGCAAUGAUACCCUCUGAGCAUUCGGACGGCGCCAAAUGCACGGUGGUGUCGGAUCUGAUCCAUAUUCGAAUGGCCUCCAAACAUCUGCGAUCCCUGGGAAAUGAAAUCAUAAGCGAACAUAUCUUGUCGUUUGACUGUGUUGCCGCCUUCUAA